GCGGAGGCGCUUUGCAGCAACUCGCCAGAGAGGCCCCGUGGCUGCGAUGGGGCGCGCGCCCGGCCGAGCCUCGGAAGCCAAGUUGAGCCUGGGUAGCGGACGGGAGAAGAAACGAGUCAUGGUGGAGAAGAGACCAUGAAGUCACCGCGAUGGAAGCGAGGGCGGCAGCAGCAGCAGGAGGAUCAGGAUCAGCAGUCCCCGGCGCUCUGGUGAUGCGCGUGGCCACGCGUGGAGCCGGGGGCGGUGGAGCUCACCCGGAUCACAGCGCGAAUCACAGCCCGGAUCACAGCCCGGCGGCGGCGGUAGCGGCGGCGGUCCGGGCAGCGCGCGGAGCAGCAGCCCCUCGCCGCCUCGCCUCCCGGCCCGCCAGCUCGGCCACGGAUCCUCCUGCCUCCUCCUCCACAGCGGGCGCGUCUCCUGCCUGAUCGCGCCAAGAGACAUGACCCUGGUGCUGCCAACGAUCAAAACAUGCAGACUCCCGGAUGACGAGCACACGGAGACACCCGCCCAUGCGCAGCCCUGGGAGCGACACCGCCGAGCGAGCGCCCUCGUCGAGCCAGACUAGGGCCCUGUCGCAGAGGGUCCCGGUGCCCGAGGACCGCACGCACAUCCUGCAGCUCUCGGUGGAGAAGCUGCGCAUCAUGGACGACCCCGAGCUGCUGCUGCGCCGCUCGGUGCUCAUCAACAACCUCCUGCGGCGCAUCCACCUGCAGCUGCGCAGCGAGUGGAGCACGGACAGCUGCUGCCCGGGCCUCCAGCGGGCCACCAUCGCCGCGGCCGCCGCGGCCGCGGCCGCCGCUGCCGCCGCGGCGGCGUCGUCCGAGCACGGCCACCGGCAGUACGCGGCGGCGUCCGAGGCGUGGCUCGCCACCCACUGCGGCCUGUCGCCCCUCUCGCCGUCGCCGCCGCCGCCCUACGGCAAGCGGCCACGGCUGUCGACGGGCCGCGCGCACGGCCACGAGUGCGAGGAGCGCGCCGCUUGCGCCGUGGCGGCCGGCGGCGUGGGCGGCGACGCCGGCGAGGCCGCCGACGAGUACCGCUCGUACGCGGAUUGCGCGGUCGGAUACCGCACGGCGGCGUCCGCGUUCGGCUGCGGCGCGUGUGCUGCCGCGGCGGCCGCGGCCGCGGCCGCGGCGGCCGCCGCUUACGCCGAUGGCCCCUCGGCGGCCGCGUUCCAGCGGCACCUCGGCGCGGCUGCGGCGGCGGUGGCGGCGGCCGGCUGCUGGGCUCGCUACGUCCACGCGGCCGCGGCCGCCGCCGCCGGGAACGCCGGGGCCGAGGAUCGCGAAGCGGACGACGAGGGGGCCCCCUCCGGGACCCCCGCCGAGGAGUCGGAGGAGUCGGAGGAGGACGCUUCGGGCGGCCGCUCGCAUGCCACCGCCGCUUUCCCGCCGCGCGGCGUCGCGGGCGACCCGAGCCGGGCGGUGCGCGAGCCGUCCUCGGGCGUCAAGCCCCGGUGCUGCCGCCGCCGAGGGCUGGGGUCGCGGGAGCGCGCGGACGGGGCCGUGCGCGGACGUUCCAAAGUGAGGGAGAAACGCGGCGGCGGCGGCGCGGGUCCCGUGGCCCGUGGGGAUCGGCCGAAGCGCGAGGCCGAGCCGGGCCUCUCUCGGUGCGCUCCUCCCGGGAGGCCCCGCGCCGUCGCUCUGCUUGCAAACCCCGAGACCUUGCCAGAGCAAUCAGGGUAGAUGAUGAGGCCUGGGAAAAUGUCUCCCAGAUGUUCGCUUGUCUCUGUUAAUUUACUCGGUUUUAGUCUCUUAUGCAUAAGAGAUGCAAACUCAAAUCCGCACGUGUGCUCUUACCUCCUGAGAGUAAGCUUCUGUUUGCCGAACCCGAGCAGUAGCAGUCAAGCCUAACGCUUAUUCCCUACCCCAUAACCAUCGUGCAGAGAAGCUCAUUUUAAUUCUGCUCCGCUUCCCCGGUAUAGGUCUUGCUAUCCACGGAGAUCAACUGUUCUGCCAUUGUCCCUGAUACUGCAGAUCACCAAUGGAUGGCGUCCAAGAUGUGUGAAGAAUAGUAAUCAUUACUAUUCUGAAGAUGGAGCGCUAGUGCAGGAAAGACACAACUAUGUUUAUCUGAGCAUGAAAGUGCUUUGCCUUUUUUUUAAACGCCUAUAAUCGAUUGGCUUGCUCGGUGGCACCGAGGGAGCUGGGGCUGCCGCAGCUGCCGCAGUGCAGUCGAUGCGGGCGGUGUCGGGUGAGCAGAGUGCAGCUCCACGGCAAAUCCGUGCGUCAAGGUAGCCGGGGCCCGUGUCUGCCUGCCGCAGGUAGCCGGGUGUCAUGGGUCCACGGGGAGCGUUCCUGUCUCUUGAUGCGCACAUGCAUCUACGUUGGAAUAAUUUCGCGCUCCGUGCGUAGCCAACCGCGCUCAUUGGAGGUGCACGGGAAGGGCAACACCAAACACAAAAAGCAGUUCUCAAGAAAAAAAAGUGUCUGAGACUGUGAAAUCCUGGCUUUCCGGUCCGAGGCCACGAAGCAGCACAUCACGGCUACAUCAUCAUCAUCGUACCCCAAACUCAGCCACCAACUGCAUCAUCAUCAUAAUCAUGCCAACCCAUCAUGCCGCCGACUCCACCCCUUCCCCAUCACCAGAGGCGGCUUUGAUCCUCACACUGCCUCCUGCCACUGCUCCCGCUAGGCCAACGCGUGCUCGUGUUGUCCACGAUCGUCAUCGACAAGCGGCAGCAGCAUAAAAUGGAGCCCAAAAACAAACAACAAGCCACGCAAUUAGGAUGAAGCCC